AUGGCUACCACUUCGAACAUGUUCAUGUAUUCCCUGACGAUCCAGCCUCCGACUGCGAUCACACAAGCUAUUCUGGGCCAGUUCGCAGGGACUAAAGAGCAACAGAUCGUGACGGCGUCAGGGUCGAAGCUCACGAUUCAUCGUCCCGAUCCGACUCAGGGCAAGAUUACACCAAUCUAUUCCCAGGAUGUCUUCGGUAUCAUCCGUUCUCUGGCAGCCUUUCGGUUGGCUGGAAGCAGUAAAGAUUAUAUAAUCAUUGGUUCGGACUCGGGACGUAUCACGAUCAUUGAAUACGUUCCCUCCCAGAAUCGGUUCAACCGUAUCCAUCUUGAGACCUUCGGCAAGUCCGGCGUCCGUCGUGUCGUCCCUGGUCAAUACCUUGCGGUCGAUCCAAAAGGUAGAGCUUGUUUGAUUGCCUCUGUGGAGAAGAAUAAGCUCGUUUACGUUCUGAAUCGGAACUCGCAGGCCGAGCUCACGAUUUCGUCCCCUCUGGAGGCCCACAAGCCGCAGACAGUGGUCUUUGCGAUGACGGCUCUGGACGUUGGCUACGAGAAUCCCAUCUUCGCGGCCCUUGAGGUUGACUAUUCGGAGGCGGAUCAGGAUCCAACUGGUCGAGCGUACGAAGAGUCCGAAAAACUGCUUGUGUACUAUGAACUUGAUCUCGGUCUGAAUCAUGUUGUUCGCAAGUGGGCCGAUCCUGUUGACCGCACAGCAUCUAUGCUGUUCCAGGUGCCGGGAGGUGCCGAUGGUCCCAGUGGUGUCCUGGUAUGUGCAGAGGAUAACAUCACCUACCGGCACUCAAACCAAGAUGCAUUCAGAGUCCCGAUUCCUCGACGCAUUGGUGCAACAGAAAACCCCGACCGCAAGCGCUCUAUCGUCGCCGGCGUCAUGCACAAGAUGAGGGGUGCUUUCUUCUUCCUUCUUCAGACUGAAGAUGGCGACCUGUUCAAGAUUACCAUCGAUAUGGUGGAGGAUGACAACGGACAACUGACUGGCGAGGUUAGAAGGUUGAAGAUCAAAUACUUCGAUACAGUUCCUGUCGCGUCCAAUUUGUUGAUUCUGAAGAGUGGUUUCCUUUACGUUGCCAGUGAAGCAGGAAACCAUCACUUCUACCAAUUCGAGAAGCUGGGAGACGACGACGAAGAGACUGAAUUUAGCAGCGAAAACUUUCCUGCGGAUCCCUCUCUUCCCUACGAGCCGGUCUUUUUCCGACCGAGAGGAGCGGAGAACCUCAACCUCGUUGAGACACUCAACUCUCUCAACCCUUUGAUCGAUAGUAAGAUUGUGAAUCUGAACGAGGACGACGCUCCUCAAAUUUACACUGUGUCCGGCACUGGCGCCCGGAGCAGCUUCAGGACCCUCAAGCACGGUCUGGAAGUCUCAGAGAUCGUGGAAUCGGAGCUCCCCAGUGUGCCUUCUGCUGUGUGGACGACCAAGUUGACUCGUGCCGAUGAGUUUGACGCUUACAUUAUUCUUUCUUUCGCAAACGGUACUUUGGUUCUCAGCAUCGGUGAGACAGUUGAAGAAGUUACCGACACCGGCUUUCUUUCCACUGCACCUACUUUGGCUGUUCAGCAGCUCGGUGAGGAUUCGCUGAUUCAGGUUCACCCGAGGGGCAUUCGCCAUAUCCUUGCAGACCGGCGUGUCAAUGAGUGGCCCGCUCCUCAACAUCGUUCGAUUGUCGCCGCUGCGACAAAUGAGCGUCAGGUAGCGGUUGCCCUCAGUUCAGGUGAAAUCGUGUACUUCGAGAUGGAUGCCGAUGGAACGCUCGCUGAAUACGAUGAGAGACGCCAGAUGUCUGGUACAGUAACAUGCCUCAGUUUAGGCGAGGUUCCUGAAGGGCGUGUGAGAAGUUCUUUCUUGGCUGUCGGAUGUGACGACUCUACUGUCCGCAUUCUGAGCUUGGAUCCCGACUCGACCUUGGAGAAUAAGUCAGUCCAGGCUCUUACCUCGGCUCCAUCUGCGUUGAACAUCAUGUCAAUGGCCGAUUCAAGCUCGGGAGGUACGACACUGUACUUGCACAUUGGCCUCUACUCCGGUGUCUACCUCCGUACUGUUCUCGACGAGGUGACUGGCGAACUUUCCGAUACUCGUACCCGUUUCCUGGGAGCCAAGCCAGUGAAGCUAUUCCGUGUUUCGGUCAAGGGACAAACGGCCGUUCUCGCGCUCAGCUCCCGACCAUGGCUGGGCUACUCCGACACCCAGACAAAAGGUUUCAUGCUCACCCCGUUGGAUUACGUGGGCUUGGAAUGGGGCUGGAAUUUCUCCAGUGAGCAGUGUGUUGAAGGCAUGGUUGGUAUCCAGGCACAAAAUCUUCGGAUUUUCUCUAUCGAGAAGUUGGACAACAACAUACUGCAGGAGUCCAUUCCUCUUUCAAACACGCCCCGUCGUCUGCUUAAGCAUCCAGAACAGCCAUUGUUCUAUGUUAUUGAGUCGGACAACAAUGUCCUAUCGCCGGCUACGAGAGCCAGAUUGAUUGAAGAUUCCAAGGCGCGCAAUGGCGAGACAAAUGUUCUUCCGCCCGAAGAGUUCGGCUAUCCACGGGCUACAGGUCACUGGGCGUCUUGCAUUCAAAUCGUCGAUCCCCUAGAUGCCAAAGCGGUGAUUUCGACGAUUGAACUCGAGGAGAACGAGGCCGCCGUCAGCAUGGCAGCCGUACCCUUCUCUAGCCAGGACGAUGAAACUUUCCUGGUGGUGGGAACGGCCAAGGAUAUGAUUGUCAACCCUCCCUCAUCAGCCGGGGGUUUCAUCCACAUUUACAGGUUCCAAGAAGAUGGGAAGGAGCUGGAGUUCAUUCACAAGACGAAGGUUGAAGAGCCGCCUCUUGCUCUCCUCGGAUUCCAGGGACGUCUUCUUGCCGGCAUCGGCUCUACCCUUCGGAUCUACGACCUGGGAAUGAAACAACUGCUCCGAAAAUGUCAGGCUCCUGUUGUGUCAAAGACAAUUGUUGGCCUUCAGACACAAGGUAGCCGGAUUAUCGUCAGCGACGUUCGCGAAAGCGUGACGUAUGUCGUAUACAAGUACCAGGAGAACGUUUUGAUUCCUUUCGUUGAUGAUUCCGUCUCUCGCUGGACGACGAGCACCACCAUGGUAGACUACGAGACUGUUGCCGGUGGUGACAAAUUCGGUAACCUGUGGCUCGUCCGCUGUCCUAAGAAGGUCUCAGAGGAGGCGGACGAGGACGGAUCGGGAGCGCAUCUGAUUCAUGAGCGCGGUUAUCUGCAUGGCACGCCGAAUCGCCUGGAUCUGAUGAUCCACACCUACACACAGGAUAUCCCGACCAGCUUACACAAGACACAACUAGUGGCAGGUGGACGAGACAUCCUUGUGUGGACCGGGUUUCAGGGUACAAUUGGCAUGCUUGUGCCUUUUGUGAGCCGCGAGGAUGUGGACUUUUUCCAGAAUCUAGAGAUGCAACUAGCAUCACAGUGCCCACCCCUCGCUGGACGGGAUCAUCUCAUCUAUCGCAGCUAUUAUGCACCAGUCAAGGGUGUGAUUGAUGGAGAUCUGUGCGAAAUGUAUUUCUUAUUGCCUAAUGACACGAAGAUGAUGAUUGCAGCGGAACUGGAUCGUUCCGUCAGGGAGAUUGAGCGGAAGAUCUCGGAUAUGCGGACGAGGGUGGCGUACUAA